AUGAAUCUUGUUGCUUCAAUCACUGCUGUCAUUGCGACUUUUGCCCUAACCGCGUCUGGUAAUGUUACCAAAGGUCGACCAUGGGGCUACCGACAGAAUCCCAAUAUGGUGCACCCGUCCCAGUGGGCCGAUAACUGGGAGUCCUGCGGCAACGCGCGGCAGUAUCCCAUUAACAUCGUCUCGACUGCAAAAUCCGUCAAAGUCAAGAGUCUUCCGCUUCGCUUUAGCGGACGUUGCCACGAGUACAAUCUAUCAGCUCCUCAAAAACCGCUCGAGGCGGACGUUGUUGGAGGUAAGCAAGCACGACUUUGA